UGUCCCUUCCCCGACCCGAGUCCGAGGCGAGGGGGGGGCGCGACCACGAGCACUCGGGCUCCACGCGCGCGCCGCGACGCACGUGCUCGCGCGACUCCGUCCGACAACAACAAACAACGAUGUCAGCUGGCGACCUGUGACUCUACUAGUGUUGUGCAUUGUGUGAUACCGACUGUCAUGAUGAAGUGGUGCCUGGCGGUGGUGCUGGCGGUGUGCGCGCGCGCGCUGGCCGACGCCGCCGUGCGCACCUGCGAGCCCAUCAAGGUGGCGAUGUGCCGCGACAUCGGCUACAACCAGACCGGCAUGCCCAACCUGGCGCGCCACACGCUGCAGGCGGACGCCGACGUCACGCUGCAGACCUUCAGCCCGCUCGUGCAGUACGGCUGCUCCGAGCAGCUGCACCUGUUCCUGUGCGCCGUGUACGUGCCCAUGUGCACGGACAAGGUGGCGCUGCCCAUCGGCCCGUGCCGCUCGCUGUGCGAGGCGGUGCACGCGCGCUGCUUCCCCGUGCUCAGCGGCUUCGGCUUCCAGUGGCCCGCCGAGCUGGACUGCGAGCUGUUCCCGGCCGAGAACAACCACGAGCACAUGUGCAUGGAGGGCCCGGGCGAGCGCGCGGCGGGCGCGGGCGCGGCGGCGGGCGAGGCGGCGUGCCGGCGGCUGCGGCGCGCGCCCGCCUGGCUGUGGCUGCGCGGCGCCGGCCGCUGCGCGCAGUACUGCGACGCGGAGGUGCUGUGGGAGGCGGGCGAGCGCCGCGCCGCCGAGGUGUGGCUGGCCACCUGGGCCGCGCUGAGCUUCGCGUGCACGCUGGCGGCGGCGGGCGCGGCGCUGGCGUGCGGCGCGGGGGCGGGCGCGGGGGGUGCGGGGGCGGGGGGCGCGGGGGAGCGCGCGCUGGUGCUGGUGGCGCUGUGCCGGUGCGCGGCGGCGGCGGGCUGGGGCGUGCGCGCGGCGGCGGGGCGCGCGGCGGCGGGCUGCGCGCAGGACCCCGCCUCCACGCGCAUGCUGCUGGCUCACGACGGGCUCGCCAACCCCAACUGCGCCGUCGUCUUCCUGCUGCUCUAUUACUUCGGUCUCGCCGCUUCAGUAUGGUGGGUGGUAGUAGCGGGCGCGUGGCGGGCCGCGGUCCUGCGUCCGGCCUCGCUGCCGGGGGCCCCGCGGCGCGACCGGCACUCCUCGCUGCUGCAGCUCGCGGCCUGGGGCGUCCCGGCUGCCCUGGCCGCAGCCGUGCUCGUCACCCGGGAUGUGGACGCUGAUGAACUUACAGGAACGUGCUUCGUGGGCAACCAGUCGAGCAAGUCGCUGCUGGCGCUGGUGAUCGUGCCCGAGGCGAUCUGCCUGCUGCUGGGCGGCGUGUUCCUGGCGUCGGGGCUGCGGGCCGUGCUGCGCCGCGCGCCGCCGCCCCCGCCCCCCGCGCUGCUCGCCCCCGCGCCCGCGCCCGCGCCGCGCCCCGACCAGAGCGUGCUGCGGCUGGGGGCCUUCGCCGCGCUGUACGCCGCGCCGUCCGCCUGCAUCCUCGCCACCUACGUGUACGAGUACCUGUGGCGCGACGCGUGGCUGGCGGCGCCGGGCGCGCAGGGGUCGGGCCCGCAGCCCGCCUUCUGGGUGUUCCUGUUCCGCAUCUUCGCGUCGCAGAUCCUGGGCGUGAUGGUGGCCGUGUGGAUCGGCACGCCGCGGCUCAAGGCGCUGUGGCGGCGCGCCGUGGGCCCGCGCAAGCCCGUGAAGCCGCCGCCCGCGCCGCUCGCGCUGCCCGCGCACUGCUACGCGCACGCGCACACGCUGCCGCGCCACACGCACAAGUACAGCACGUACCGCCCGCCCUCGCACCACUACUCGUACCGCAAGCCGCGCCACUACCACUACUCCGCCGGGGAGACCAUACUAUGACCGCAGACAUAAGCUACAAUACGGAGUUCAAUUUACGUCUGCCUCCAGACUGCAUUUAGAUAGUUUGCUCGACUCGACUUGAAAAAGUGUUCAAGUGGACUGAUUAUAUGGACUACAUACCUACCGACCUAACGUGUGCCAUUGUUCGAGGGUUUAUCUAGGAUAAGGUAUGGUUAUUAAGACUGAAUUAUAAAUAACUGAUAAGUUUUUGCCUGCUGUUUUGCCUUAUUUUUUAUGACCGUGUAAAAAUCAACUGUUUAAAUUUUAUGAUCAGAAAACGAAAUAACUAGACCUAGACUGCAUUAAUGUAUAUUUACCUCACAGAUAACAUUUACACAGGGUGCUACUAAAGAGGGACAUAAUAAUAAAAU